CAUACAUGUAUGUACAUGUUGCAUUAUAACUAGACAUGCAAUUCCAUUGACUCUAUAAGUCUUAGAGCUCCACUCGUAAUUGUGCGGUGUUUUUUGUGCAGACUGCUGCUGUGCGCGAAUACUGAAGAGUAGAACUACAAUCACUGUUUGACUGUUGACAUCUGAUUCUGAACUUCGAUCUGAAGCUGAAGUCAGUUUAACGGGCCAGGCAAGGUUACAAAGUGAUCACUGAAGACGCUUAGAGCCAAGAGGACUUGCAUGCCAAACGGAUUUACAUUAGACUGCUGGAUGAAUAACGGACAAGACGCACAAAGUGACCCCAACCCUACCCAGACAGAAACACCCCUCGUACAUCGAAUCACCGUAAUGCCGGAAAAUACAGAAACACAAAAGGCCGACGACGGACUUGGACAUUACAAAGGAGUAGAAGGAGGGGCAGUAGACAAGGAGAAGAUGGAAAUUGAAGGGAAAAACAACACUCCAUUGGGCAGUGGAAAAGGAGGCUGUUGCUCAAGAUUCAUGGUGUUUUGCCUCCUGUACAAGCUGGUUGUUGCCAUUAUUUGCCUUCUAAUCAUCCUCGUUAUAGUCUUCUUUGCCUUGUACAUGGUUGCAAGUUGUAAACUUGCUAAAAUGUCAGCACCAGCAUCUACAGCAUCGACACCAUCGACAGCACCGACAGGUGUUACAACUCCAAUGCCAGGUCCAACAGGUGUUACAUCUCCAACUCCAAUGCCUGGUCCAACAGGUGUUACAUCUCCAACUCCAAUGCCAGGUCCAACAGUUCUCCCUACUCACGGUGCUAUUAUCCAAGGUAUCGUCGAGACAACUGAGAACUACACUGCAGCAUUGGAGAAUGACACAUCUCUGGCCUACACGAAAUUUAAAAAUAGAUUCAUUGCUGCGGUGAUGUGUUUCUAUGCGCACAAUGACCCAGUAUACCUGGCUUACUAUGAAGGCAUGAAAGUGACUGAUUUUGAAAAAAAAGGGAAACAAGCUAUUGUGCACUUUGAAGUCUAUUUCUCCCAAUUGGAUAACGAUAGCUCAGUGCCAGAUGCACACACUGUACUACUGGAUCAAGUGAAUACUCGCCUGUUGAGCCCAUUUGCUAUUAUCACUGGCACUAUAAGAAAGACAGAAAACUAAGUUGGCUCUACAAGCCACUUGUGCUUACAGGCUUGAUGUUCAGCAGCUAGUAAAGCCGCUGAUCAAGGAUAGCAGAUGAAGUGUCAAGGCUCUCACUUUUUCAAGAUAUGACAAGCUAGAUUAAAAAUAUGUCAAGCUACAAGGCCCAAACUGCAAUACGGAUGCAUUCUAAUCAGGAUUUAAUGGAAAUAUCCCCAUUUUGUAUGCCCCCACCCCCCUUCAGCCAACUGAUCUUGGUACAGUGAAUGUAUCCCUAUGUUCAAACUUGUGUGUGUUUGCAUCUGUUAGGACUCCUGCUUACCUCUAGAUCAGUCUAGAUUAUGUUCGGCAGGUAGCUGAUGCCACAAAUCAGGGCUGUUGUAGCAUAUGGGUGUAUAAAGGCUCAACACAAAUACUGAGUUUACUUGCCAAACACAAUUAGAAAAAAAAAAAAUUCUUAUGCCUCGCUUGCCCUAGUUUUAAAUUAAGACUACCCAAACUAUGUAAAAGAGAAAAGAAAAAUAAAGCAUGCAAAAAUUAUAUAUAGCUUGAUUUUGGCUUUCUGUUCAUUCUCGCCUUAUACUACAUUAGCAUACGGUAUGAUGAAAAGCUUUUGUAUAUCCGAAUUUAAAGCUAUUCAUCGUAUGAAUUUUUUUUCUUCAGACAAAAUCAGAAAGUUUAGUGCAUUUGUAAAAAGCGGCUCAAAAACUUGUCUAAGAGUAACUGAAUGAAUAAUCAAUGAUAUUUUCUUGAACAUGAACUUGAUGUGUGACAGAUGAAUAUUGAUAAAUGUGUGGCUAAUUAUAUUGCUAACUUUGUGCCGUAGAUAUGAUUGUAAUCAGACCAAGGCGUAUAAGGCCUGUCUUCAUCAGCUCAAGUGUGCCAAAAAACCUGUUAGUUUCAGACUCGGGCUAUUAUCACGAAGCUAGAAAUUGCGUCUUCACCAGACAGAUCGGCUCAUCACAAUCUAGCUCAGACGGGCGCAAAUAAGCCCACUAUUUCCUAAAUAGCGGGAUAUUUAGGAAACAAGACCAAAUUUUCUCUGGAUUUUUUCUUGAUCAAAUAUCCCACUAAUUGCAACUGCGGGCUGAUGAAGACACAAUUAAGCUGGAUAAUUUGCGAUUGGGAUUGUUCAAAUAGCAGGUUAUUUGGCAAACUUGAGCUGAUGAAGACAGGCCUAUGGUCUAAAUAAGAAAAUGCCUUUUACAGCGUGAUUAAGAGUUUCAGCUUCACUCUAUCACGUAUAUAACAAUAAUAGAUACAUUUGUAAAUUGCCAUUUCUUUAUCUGUAAAUGUUCUUUGUAAUGGAGGAAGAUGAAAUAUAAUGCUCUAAAACUAAAUGUAUCCUUGCUCAUGUGUCUGCUACAAGCCCAAAUUGGACUACCAUAAAUCCCCCCCCCCCCCCAAAAAAAAAGAAAAAAAAAAAAGAAAUUGUAACAUAACAUUUUCCUGAUUUUGUAAAUGAUGGCCAUUUUUGCAGAAAGAAACUUUACAAAGAGCAAACAUUCAUUGUUGUGUCACUUCAAUCAUUUUGUGGCAUGAAACUUUCAAGAAUCUGAAUUACUUGCAAAAUUCACAAAGCUUCAUGUAGCACAAAUUACUGGCUAAUUUUUCCUUUUGAGCUUACAAAGUGAUGAAAAGUGAGUAUAUUUCUGGGUCGUAGGAUGUAGAAGAGGCUUUUUUCACAUUCUAUCAACCAUUUUACUCAAAAUGUAGAGAUAAGAUUAGAUAAGAACACAUUAAUUAAUGGCAUAGCAUGCUGCUUUGCUUAAGACAAAGCCAAUUAAAGCAAGCAUAUUGUUUUCAGUUCACAUCGAGAUCAUAUUAAUCCCUCCCUUUGAAUGACUUUUGAUAGGAACGUAGAAUAGGCUAUC